AUGUCUUCUCCCUACAGCUCCAGCCAGAAAGCCGUCAGGCGGUUGCACGCCACGGCUCAGCACCUCAAGCCCGCCGCCGCUGCUGCUCAGAGCUACCCCACAACCCACGAGCGCAUCGAGUCGCCCCCCGAUACGCCGAACUUCUUAGACAACAAGUUUCUCGCUUCUAAUGCUUCGCAAUGGAUCGAACUGCACGACCCCGCGACCAACAACCUCGUCACUCGUGUGCCGCAGAGCACCGAUGAGGAGCUCGUUGCCGCGGUGGACAGCGCGGAGAAGGCGUUCAAGAGCUGGAGUCAGACUAGCUUGCUUGCGAGGCAACAGAUUAUGUUCAAGUAUGUACACUUGAUCAGGGAGAACUGGGAUAGGCUUGCGGCGAGCAUUACGCUCGAGCAGGGCAAGACGUUCGCGGAUGCGCGGGGCGAUGUCCUGCGUGGUCUGCAGGUUGCCGAGACAGCGUGCGGCAUCACGACCCAAAUGACGGGUGAGGUGCUCGAGGUGGCCAAGGACAUGGAGACCAGGAGCUACAGGGAGCCCUUGGGCGUUGUGUCUGCUAUCUGCCCGUUUAACUUCCCCGCCAUGAUUCCCCUCUGGUGCAUACCCAUUGCCACCGUUACUGGAAACACCAUUGUUGUGAAGCCCUCUGAACGGGACCCCGGCGCUUGCAUGAUUCUCGCUGAGCUCGCCGAGAAGGCUGGCUUCCCCGCCGGUGUCAUCAACAUUGUGCACGGCUCCGCGAAGACAGUAGACUUCAUCAUCGACGAGCCGCGUAUCAAGGCUAUCAGCUUCGUCGGCAGCAACAAGGCCGGAGAGUACAUCUACACUCGAGGCUCGGCCAACGGCAAGCGUGUGCAGGCCAACCUGGGCGCAAAGAACCACGCUGCUGUGCUACCCGACUGCAACAAGAACCACGCUUUGAACGCCAUUGCAGGUGCUGCCUUUGGCGCCGCUGGUCAGCGUUGCAUGGCACUCAGCACGCUCGUCAUGAUUGGCGAGACGAAGGACUGGGUCCCUGAGAUUGCUGAGCGCGCGAAGGGCAUCAAGAUGGACGGUGGCUUCGAAGAGGGCGCUGACCUGGGUCCCGUCAUCUCGCCGCAGUCCAAGAAGCGCAUCGAGGACCUGAUUGCCAGCGCCGAGGAGGAGGGUGCUACCAUCCUCCUUGACGGACGCGGUCAGAAGCCCGAAAAGUACCCCAACGGCAACUGGGUGGGUCCUACCAUCAUCGCCAACGUCAAACCACACAUGAAGUGUUACAAGGAAGAAAUCUUCGGCCCCGUUCUCGUCUGCCUGAACGUCGAAACCAUUGACGAAGCCAUCGAGCUCAUCAACGCUAACGAGUACGGCAACGGAACCGCCAUCUUCACGCGCUCUGGAUCCACGGCCACCCGCUUCCAGAAGGAGGUCGAGGCUGGCCAGAUCGGUAUCAAUGUGCCUAUCCCCGUGCCGCUCCCCAUGUUCUCCUUCACAGGCAACAAGAAGUCGAUCGCUGGCGGGGGCGCGAACACGUUCUACGGCAAGCCGGGACUACAAUUCUACACGCAACAGAAGACAGUCACCAGCCUGUGGAGAAGUGAGGAUGCAGUCGCCACGAAGGCCUCGGUCAACAUGCCGACACACAACUAG